AUGAAGUAUAUCUCGGUAAUAGCCUAUUGGAUUAAUUCAGAUGUAAGAUUCUUUACAUCGCUACAGCACAAGGUCAUUAGCAGACUUAGGGAUAAUUUGGAGGCAUUGUAUCCAAAGACGAAGGAGCAACGAAAGGACUAUAAUGUCAAUGAAUUCUAUUGGCCGCGUUUACUGAUAUUUCUCGUUCGGACAUACAUUAUCACCGCUGUGGCUAUAGUCUUUGAGCCGUUGUGUACGUCGGUGUUCAAUGUUCACAUGGUCAGUUCGAAUAUGGCAACGGAUCUCUGGUUGGUUUGUUUUCAAAUGCAAAUCUGCAUGCAUUUCAAUUAUAUUGCAAAAUCUCUUCAAAAUUAUAAACCACAUCGUAAUCAUGAUAAGGAAGACAGAGAAUUUCUAGCCAGAUUGGUGGAUAAACACAAUGUGCUUAUUGACCUCCAGCGAGAGAUUAACAGGAUUUUUGGUGGAUCAAUGCUUUUAAGUUUGCUAAAUUCUGCGGUUGUUCUUUGCUUUGUGUCCUUGUAUGUUGAGGUUCAGGGCUUGAAUAUGGACGGAGUAUCCAUGUUGAUGUUCACCUGCACGAGCACAUUGCAAUUGUAUUUGGUUUGCUAUUAUGGUCAAUUGGUUAGCACUCUGAGUGAGGACCUCAUGCAUGCUGCUUACUGUCAUAGUUGGCAAGAUGCAUCAAUAUCCUAUAAGAAAUUUAUCAUUAUUAUCAUUCGACGUACCCAGGAAGCUCUAGAGUUAAGUGCUAUGGGUUAUCUGCCCGUAUCCCAUGAGACAUUCAGGCGGCUAAUGACUAUUGCCCUUCGUGUAUUUGUCUGCAUUCGUGAAAUGAUUCAGACAUAA